AUGAACUGGCCUGGCGACGACGGAGACCGGUCAAACUAUGACCUCUUUGUGAGGCCUUUGAUGGCCGAUCUCAAGGCAUACGCAGCAGUUGAUCGACUUAUAUAUUCGGACACGCAAAAUCUUUUGAUGCCGGCUUUGAUCAAGUUCAACUCUCUGGGCCUACGCUUGCUUAUAGCCCCGUGUCUGGCAAUACCUUGUGGGCCAACUGGCUUCCCCAUAUUGCAGGCAAUGACACUAUUCCAGAGCACGCUACUGAAGAGCUACGGCCUUCCUGGGCGUCAAAUCAGCAUCAAUGAGUACGCCAACAUGGCUGAAUAG